AAUAGGUGACUACUAUAUAUGUCUUAUAUGUGAUACCGUCGUUACAUGAAAAUAAAAGUCGUGAACGUAUUAUGAAAGUAUUUUAGUGUGGUAUUUUAGUAAGACGCUUUUGAACAAAAUAAUAAUGUAUGUAUUGUACGGUUGGAUAAAAUUUCCUUAGUAAUGAAAAUUAGGUAGGUGUAGUGUAACGUAAUCGAGGAAGUGUAUUUUUGUGGGAUUCCCCUCAAGUCAUACAUAACAACUAAGUUUUUUAUAGGUGGCUUUUUGUUCAGCAGAGUAUAUAAGUUCUAAACUUAAAUAAUAAAAUCUCAAGAAGUUUAUGCGAUUUUAAGUGAAACCAUUCAUAAUGGGAAAGAACAAGAAUAAGAAAAACAGGAAUAGCAAUAAUAACGCUUCAUCAGCAGCUGAUGUUAUCGCAUCAGGAGUAAGUUUUCAACAUGUUUCAAAAGAAAAGCUAGGCAAAACUAAAACCAAAAAGGAUACGGUUGAACAUGGUACACAGAGUAAGACUAGUAAAAGAAGUAGAAAUAAAAAUGAAAUCGAUCAAGCUGUUGCUAAUGAAUAUGGUAGUGAAAUUGAGCAAAGCAUAAAUUUGCUAGAAAUUGAUAAUAAAGAAACAAAUAAAUCAAUUGAUAAAUAUGAGUCACAUAAUGACAGUACUGCUAACACCACAGUUGGAAUUUUAUCACAGGAACAUGAUGCAAAUGCUGCACAAGACAAUAAUAAGAUGUUUGUUUCAAUUUCAAAAAGUAAAAAUGCAUCUACCAACGACAAAGACAAAAACAGAAGAAAAGCAUCCUUAGAUAAUGGUCACAAAGAGAAUGAAUGGAGAACUUCUCAAUAUUCUGCAUCAUUUCAUAGAACUGAUGAGAGUAAAAAUUGGAGACAAGAAGAUACUGUUCAUGAUUAUUCAUCAUCAAAUCCUAGUAAUUCUCAUAAUAAAGAAAGUAGAGAGAAAAAUUAUGGAGGUAGCAAGUACAAGAGAAGCAACAACAAUAAACAUAGCUUUGGUUCAAAUGGUAAUUGUAGAAAUGAACAGUCUAAAACAGGAAAUUCAAAUUUUAAUGAUGAGGAUGACUUUUUAUCCAAAAGUAAUGCAGAUUAUACCAAAGCUAAGUAUGAUAAGUAUAAAGAUACUCAAAUUAAUAGAAACUUGAACUAUAGUGAUCGCCACUGGAGUGAAAUUGAAUCAUCACAUAAAGUUCUAAGUAAAACAUUACACUAUUCCAAUAUUCAAAUGCUCGAAAAAUUUGUGGAUGAUAAAAAGUUUCACUUAUGGCUACAAAAUAAUAAAGAUAAAUUCAGUUGUGUUACUGAAGUCGAGGGAGAUCUUUUUGAUUCAUCAGAAGACUCAUGCUUGGCUCAUUGUGUAGCAGAAGAUAUGUCAAUGGGCAGUGGUAUUGCUGUUUCAUUCAGAAAAAAUUUUAAAAGUGUACCCUACCUACUAAAUCAACGACAAAGAUCUGGUGGUUUAGCAAUUUUGGAAGAUAAAAAUCGAUUUAUAUACUACCUAGUGACGAAAAAACAUUCUAAAGGAAAACCUACACUUUCCACGUUGUGGUCAUCAUUGAAUAAAUUAAGAAACCAUAUGGUUGAAAAUAAUGCAAUGGCAUUAUCCAUUCCAAGGAUUGGAUGUGGUCUAGAUCGUCUGGAAUGGUGUGAAGUUAAACAUAUGAUUGAAUAUUUAUUUUUUGAAACGGGCAUUAAUGUUACAGUAUAUAACUUGCCAAAACAGAGUGACAUAGAAGAUUUGAGUACAAAACAACAAGUCAGGAAUUGCAAAGUCGUUCAUGUAGACUACAGUUUAAUCAAAAUUGAUGAAUACACGAUAAUAGUAUAUUUAUGUUCAGAAGAAGGAGAGAAAACUGAACAAAUUAAAACCCUAGACAAAAAAUUUAAGAUUUUGUCAUCAUAUAGCAACUCGAGAAAAACACUUGGUUCAGUCAUUCGCCAUGAAAAAGGGAAUUACAUAGUUUAUGGAUUUGUUGUGAAAACAAAACCUAAUGAUAAUAUAGACUUCAUGAGCUUUCAAAAAUGUAUAUAUGAGUUAAAUUCACGAAAUGCAAAAGAUCGUUUUGACUAUGUAGCAAUUCAAGAGUUCAGUGACCCCCAAGAUGAUUUACUUUUUGAUAAAAUCAUAAAUCUUAUGCGAAAUGGCUUAAAAUAUGUCGACGUUUAUGUUUGUCAACCAGAUAUGGGGGAUUAGCGAUUUUGUUUUUUUUUUCUACAUAUAUAUCUCUUAAUGUGAGUUUGAUAUCUUAUGUUCAUAUUUUAUUAAUUUCAGUAAGUACUACUGAUGCAGUUUUAGUUUUUAAAUUGAGUUGUGUUAUACCACUGUU